GUUGUUGUAAAUUUGUAAUUAAAGAAAAGAAAAAGGGCUACACUGAAAUUCGCCGUGAGCUGUGUGGACUGCUACAGUCCGAUCGAAUGGCACCACCGCACGGCGGCAAAUCGGCGGCGGAGGCGAACGACGGGUCGAUCCCCGAACGCCGCAUUUCGAGUAUCCUUUUCGUUAUAGCUAUGCAAACGGAGGCAUCGCCUCUGGUGAACAAGCUCCGGCUCACUGAGGACGUUGAUUCUGUGUUUCCUCAGGGCGUUCCAUGGGUAAGGUACUCUGGGGUUGAUAGUAUUGGAACAGUUUCAGCGUCUCUCGUGACUUAUGCUUCUAUUCAAGCUCUGCAUCCAGACCUUAUUAUAAAUGCAGGAACUGCAGGAGGAUUUAAGGAAAAAGGUGCUUCCAUAGGUGAUGUGUUUCUAGCAUCACAUGUUGCUUUCCAUGAUAGACGAAAUCCUCUUCCUUUACGUGACAUAUAUUGUAUUGGGUUACGUCAAGCAUUCUCCACACCGAAUCUUGCAAAGGAGUUGAACUUAAAGGUUGCCAAAUUGUCCACCGGCAAUUCUUUGGACACGUCACCUCAGGAUGCAGCUGGGAUAAUUGCAAAUGAUGCAACUGUUAAGGAUAUGGAGGGGGCAGCAAUAGCUUACUUGACUGACCUUCUGAAAGUCCCCACGAUAUUUUUGAAAGCUGUGACCGAUAUUAUCGAUGGUGAUAAGCCCACGGCUGAGGAGUUCUUGCUGAAUUUGGCUACAGUUACUGUUGAGCUCGGUCAAGCUGCAGCUCGGAUCAUUGAUUUUAUCAAUGGAAAGACAUUGGCUGACCUCAAAUCUGGUUCCAUUCACAACUCACUUCAGUGGAGUGGAGUGCAACAGUUGGAUCCAAUGGUGGCGCCUCACCGCGGCGAAACGGCGGCGGAGCUGACGGCCGGUCAAUUACCGAGGGCCGCCGCGUUUCCAGUACCCUCCCUGUUACUGGUUUUUCUAAGGGAAUUUGACCUUACAUACAAUUGCUGUUCUGCUUUUUCAUUGUUCGAUGUUUGUGUGCUGAUCAAAUGGUGGAAAACUCUAUGA